UUGACUAUGAAAUUCCUUGGUCAAAGAGAGCCGAUGCACAAGGCUAGCUUACUACCAAUCCAUAUUUACUGCUGGUUUCUCUAAUAUCAGCUGAUAUACUGGCAGGCAAACUAGCUAAAAUACCAAUGAAUUAAUUUGUUUGUACUGCCAACUAUGCUAGCUAGCUAACCAUAGCAAUAUGGAAACUGUUGGGUCUUCCUAGGCCAGUCUCAGGUGUGGAGGAGAGGUGGUGUCCAUACAAGCUGACACACCUUUGCAUGAUAGCAUCAUCCCAUGUAUCAGUCUGCUAAUUCAUCUGAAUAAUUUGCAUAUUGGCAUGCUAAUUAGAGUGACGAAGAAGACACAAACAAGGAAGAGAAGAGUCAGAUGGACAACCUCAUCAUACAGGACAUGAGCGAGCUAAAGGAGACAGGCCACACCCCAGAACUGACCGUUGAGCAGGAUGAGAAAGAAGCGACCUGGCUAACUGACACUAAUAUGAAACUCUCAUCACCGAAGAUGGAUAAUUCUCAGAGCAGGAGCCAGUCAGGUGGUGAGAAGAAGUAUGGUGCCUCCUCCCACUGUUCCACCCACACCUUCCGGAUGUCCUGUUCCCCAGUAGAGGUCGGACGCAAGGUCUACGUCAUCCACAGGCAACUUAACGCAACGUCUACUUUGAGUGCAUCAGUUCAGGAGGAACCUCCAAGUGUCCCGUUGGCAGUGGAACUCCAGCAACAGGACGUGGUGUCAGAGAGUUUUCUGUCCAGUGACGAUGAGUACGAGUGUGGCUCAUUUGACGAUAUUUCCCUCCCAUCAUUGGCAGAGACACCAGAGUCCAUCAUUUUUCAGGACGAUGUUGAGGAACAUUGUUGUUUGAGCUCCCACAGUACCCAAAAUAAGUCCAAUAACCAAAACGAGUGCAAGAACCAGCCAGAGAGACAAGAGACUGGACUUGCUACCGGUGAAGCCCAGCAACAUAAAGAGUCCACUGAGACAGAUACAUUUUUUUCUGCCCUUGCUGGUCUUCACAGUGAUACAAGGGAGAUAUUAAUGUCCAGUCAUCUGUCUCCUGAUCCAUGUCAGCCAAUCAACGCAGAGAAUGAAAAGACAUGCAGAGCCAGCAUUCAGCAUUCAGCAUUGGAAAAGAGCAGCUCUUCACAUAGUCAUCAUUUUAGUCAGAAUAAACCAGAUCAGAGAAGUCCAAAUAGUGAGGCUCAGCUCAUCCAAACGAUCUUUCCAAAAGCUGAUCUCAGUGGUCAAACUCCUAGCUUUUGUCCUACAUCCUCUCAAAGUUCAGACAUUGAUCUCUACGAGAACAUGACACCUCAGGAAUGCAGAGAGAUCCCUCAAUCUGCGAGGACCUUCCCUCAGAACCCAUGUGGUGCACCACUCCGGGACUCCUUUGAAGCUGAGAAGAAAAAAACUCCAGUUAUGAGCCCUGAUUCUUCAUCAAAAUGGAUCACAGUCAAGAACACAAUCUACAACCUCAAAUCAUCCACAAGAAGCAGUUUUACUUCAUCCAAAGAUGAUGCCUUGCCACAGAUCGGUUCAGACCCUCGGAACUUUCUCCAAAACGACACGAUUCCAUCCUUUGGUACUAGUCCACGAUCUUUUAAAACAAUGACAAAUGUAGUUCAGCCUCAAAUGCUUGUUAGCUGUUCCUCCAGCGAGUGUGAAAGAUCGCUUUCUCAGGAUGAACCAAAAGUUUUUGAGGCAACCAGACCUCCAGAGUCACAUGACAGCGGUAGUACCAGCAGCAAGCAGUGCGUGCAUGCUUAUGGUAUGACCCCCAGCAGCUCCACACCCCAUGCUGUUGCUGCUCUGACAAGAGUAUUAACGCUAAAAGGUAGCCUACAUGCCACCCCUCCGUCCCCACAAUGCCAUGAAUUAAACUUUAAUGAAGACCAUGAAUUUUGUGAGCCUGUGGCAAUCCGUGAGGAGAUCAAGCUUACUCCUCAGAUCGUAGGACCCCCGCUUCCUGCGCCACCUCAUUCCCAGACAGAGACGGAGCCCCUCCAACAAGCCUCGCAGCCUGGUCCGCUCCACUUAAGCAUACCACUGUCGAGAGCUGCUGUCAUGGGGGGUGUCCCCGUGAAUUUGGAGUUGGCGGUGACUGAACACCCAGAGCCCAAAGUCACCUGGUUUACAGAUGGCCGACAGAGUGUAGCCGACCACAAGAAAGAUGGCAAAGAGGUUGAAGAUCGCUGGCUGCUGGUUGCAGUUGCUGACAUCAUUAGUGGCGAGAUGACCACCUGCUUUGGAACCUUCUGUAUUCUUCUCUGGCUCCUCCUCCUCCUACUACUACUACUGUGACUUUACAACACUUCCUCUCCUUUUUCCUUGUCUUCUUCAUCCUCUUUUAUUUCCUCUUCUACAUCUUCCUUAGGUCAAGU